AUGGAUUCUGUGCCGGAAGAGAUGAACGACUGGUCGAAGAUGGAAGGUUUUACGCAAGAGUCAGAGCUUAGAGGUGGAGAUGGUUUGCAACAGAAUACCCAACCAAACUUUGAUAUAUUAUCGGUUGUUUGUAAUAGUGAGAAAGAGGCUUAUGAUAUUUACUGUCGAUACGCGCAUAGUGUUGGUUUUAGUGUUCGCAAAGAUCAUCACUGUUACUGGCCUAAUUCGCGGAAGAUACGGAUGAAAGAUUUUGUAUGUUCGAAAGCUGAUUUUAAGAAGGGCCUUGACCUGAAUGCCAAAUCGAAAUACAGGAAAGCCAAUACUAGGACUGGGUGUCCCGCGAUGAUUAGAUUUUCAGUUGAUCAAGAAGGGGAAUGGAAGGUUAAUAAAUGCGUUGAGAACCACAACCAUGAGUUGGCAAGGCCUGAAGAUCAACAUUUAUUAAGAUCAUGCAGGAAUAUUACCGAAGAGAGAGCAUUUGUUCUUAAAUCUAUGACUGAUGCUGGGAUUAGAACCAUUGAUGCAUUCACAUACUUAGCUGAUGAAGUUGGUGGGAGGGAGUAUGUUGGUUUUUUAAGAAGAGAUGCAUAUAACUUUGUUCAGAGAAACAGAAGAUGCAAGAUUGAGACUGGGGAUACCAAUUCCCUAAUAGAAAUUUUUAAAAACCGAGCAAACAAUGAUAACAUGUUUGUGUGGGAAGUCCAAUAUGAUGAGGAGGAUAGAUUGAUGAAUUUUUUCUGGGCUGAUGUUGUGGGUAGAAUAGACUACGACUGCUUUGGAGAUGCUAUAAUUUUUGAUACCAGCUAUAGACUGAACAAAUACAAUCUAGCUUGUGCACCUUUUGUUGGAGUUAAUAACCAUUGGUAG